AUGCAGGGAUUCGAUUGUCCUACAUAUGGGGACAUUUUUCCUGUAAAGAUAACAUCACCAACUUGUGAAGAUCUCGGGAUUCCUCGGGAUGGCGAAGAUGCUAUCAUGCCGGCGAGAUUGAUAAAAAAUCCUUCCCUUCAUCUGGACGGACUCCGAUAUGAAGCUCUUGUAAAAAAUGUCGUAUCGCCUUCUGAUCCAUUUUCGCCGCUCUGUAUGAUUCCACUGCCUUCUACAUUUUCUUUAGAACACCUGGAACCAACAUUUAUCAGAAAAAGAAACGAACGCGAACGGGAGCGUGUUCGAUGUGUGAAUGAUGGCUACAUAAAACUCAAAGAACAUCUCCCAUUGGAAAAUAAACAUAAAAGAAUAAGCAAAGUUGAAAUUCUCCGCCGUGCCAUAGAUUACAUUCGGUAUUUAAAUGAAAUCAUAGAAAAAGAUGAUGAAAAUGAUUAUAAGGAACGGGAACGUGAACAAAGCGUCGAUGAGAGCAGAGAUACAGAUAGCGUAGGAGCACGAGAUAAUGUCAAGACCGCAUUUCAAAAUGAUGUACUUGCAAAUUGUUGUAAAGAUAUAUCCCCGGAGCCAGGAGAGGACGAUUCUUAUUUUCCCUUAGACACAUUGUCAGAUUCCGAGGAGGUUUACGGUAAUGGCAGCGAUCUCGGGUAUGAAUCAUUUACCAGUGGAUGUGAAAUGGAGGAUGAGAACCCUGGCACUAGUGACUUUAGUUGCACUGAGUACUCGAGAGGACUAAAGCGAUCACUUGAGGGCGGCUCUGUUGAAGAAGUUUUACUAUCCAAACACCCGUGUUCAUUUGGUGAAACAUAGAAUGAAAUUUGUGUUUUAGGAUCAUUGAAAUAUAGUCCUGUGUUGAUGUGUCAAAAUAUGUACUGAAGAUACAAUUAUAGAAGUGAUUCCAAAUUCCGUUACUUGUUACUUAAAAUUAGAUUUUUCCUGAAGAAAAGAGCGAUCCUCCAGUUUACUACAUGUGUCUUCAUUGUUUAUGUCGUUUUUAAGUGCUUUAUUUUAUGUUAGCAUGUACGCAGCUUCACCCUAUUGCCCAUCUACAUGAAAGAAAUUCAUUCGUCAUUUACAGAUUCAAAAAUUUGUAAUUCACUUGAUUCAUGAUAAAAGCGAAAAAGUAUUCGCAUUAGAAUGCACGAUUUAUAGUCUAGGGAAAUUGCAGGAAAGAGAACGCAGCGUGGUCACAUUGAUUUUUGGAAUCUGUUCUUGGGUGCAGUAAGUUAUUCAUAAUCAAACUUGAAUUUUAAAAAAUCGCCCAAGUAUUAUGUUGAUAGUCUAGGUCAAGUUUGAAAUAUAUACAUAUAUUCAUAAUGAUUUUCUAAAAUUAUUUAAUUACUUUUUAAAGCUAUUAUUUUUUUUUUAUGAUUUAUUUAUUUAGGUUCUGAUCAUUGCAAAAGAAUUUAGUGACAACCUCAGUCAUGAAGUAAAUAUGAAUACGCAUGUAUAUUCAGAUAAUGCAAGAUACGGCUGUAUAUUAUAUAAAUACGGCUAUAUAUUCAGAUAGUGCAAGAUACGGCUGUGUUUAUAAAUACGCGGGGUGUUCUAAACAGACUUUGUCUUGGUUUUCGUGUUCAUUUAAUAAAAUCAAAUUACAUUAAAUUACAUAGUUAUCAUAUAAUAUAAACGAUAUUCCCCUCAAUGUAACAUCUACCCUGGUGAAUAAAUAAAUGAUGAUGCAAUGAUCCGUUGUAUUUACUGUUUUUACAAAGAAUAUGUUUAGUUUGGUUCCACCUGAUUUAUGAAAGCAAUUUAGGCAUGGCUAAUUUGUACACAGAAACAUUCCCCACAAAGCGUUUAUAUUUUGUAAUUUAACUUGUCUCUCUUGUGGAGUUUAUUUAGCGUUAUGUUACUUUUAAGUUAAGUUGAAGGGUCGC